AUGCCAAUGCCCCACCAUAUCAUGAUGAUCAUGACCUUUCACUUCCGGAUCCAGGAAUAUAUUCUUUUCAAGGAAUGGGUCCCUCAAAAUGUUGUUCGUAAGUUUUUUAAUCUUUCAAGUCAUUCGACAUAUGCUAUACUUCUUUUAGAAUAUGUCUUCUCCUGCCUGGCCAUCGUUGCCUUAGGCGUUUUAUACGAAUUGAUACGAGCUGGAAGACUUUUUUUGUAUAGAAAAGACGCAGGAGGAGUAAAGGUAAGUGAAAAUCCAAUGGAUUCUAACUUUCAUAGCAGGUAUUCAACUGCAAGGACGACGCAAACCCGGAAGGGUGCGUGGACGACUGCAAUUGCGCUAAACCGAAGACUUUCCGACCGUAAGCGACAAAUUUUGGCCGAAAAAAUCGAAUUUUUGCAACAAGGAUUUUGAAUUCAGUCAUAAAAACGUUUCAGAUUCUCUCCAAAUGUCCUUCUCAACAAGUUCCAUCAAGCUCAAUCGCUUCUUCAUGGGUCUCAAGAAUUCCUCGGGCUCGCUUUGAUGUUGAUCACCAUGAGUUACAAUAUUCCGCUUGCUUUGUCCGUUGUGAUCGGGCAGGUUGUUGGAUUCUUCAUUCUCAAUCCACUCUUCACGCCACAAGAACAUUCUCGAGUCGGCCAAUGCUGUUGCAGUUAG